AGCAGGGCGCGCAGCGCGCAGACCCCGGGAGCGGCGAGCGGACGCCCCCUUCGCCCGGCGCGCGGGUGGCGCGCAGGCGGGGGCCGGCGGACACUCCACCCCCCGCCGCCACCCCCGGGCCGGGCCGGGCCGCCGGGCCUCCCCCUCCCCUCGCGCUGCCUCACCCCCGCGCCCCCUCCCCCGCCGAGCCGGGCCGAGCGGCGGAGCCGCGGGGAGAGCGCGGGGCGCGGGCGGCGGGUCAUGGCGCGGAGCGGGCCGGGGCGGUGCGGGCGGCGCGGGCGGCGCGGGCGGUGCGGGCGGUGCGGGCGGUGCGGGCGGGGCGCGCUGCUGGCCUGCGCUGCGUGGACCGCGGGCUGGGUGCUGGCGGCCGCGCUGCUGCUCCGCGCGCAUCCGGGCGUCCUCUCCGAGCGCUGCACCGACGAGAAGAGCCGGCGCAUCCUGGCCGCGCUGUGCCAGGAGUACCGGGGCGGCGUGCUGGUGGGGGACCUCUGCGAGGACCUGUGCGUGGCGGGGACACUGAGCUACCAGCGCUGUCUGUACUACGAGAGAGGCAAGAAGGUGCUGCAGGCCGACUGGCGCGGCCGGCCCGUCAUCCUCAAGUCCAAGGAGGAGGCCUUCUCCAGCUUCCAGCCGCUCAGCCUGCCGGACGACGCGGCCGAGGACGGCGGCCAGGACUUCCCGGAGGCCGAGCUGCUGCUGGUGGUGGCCGGUGAGGUCAGGAACGCCCUGGGCCUGGAGCUGCCCAACGGCAGCCUGGGGCCGCUGUGGCCCCGGAGGCGCGGCCGUCGCUGGCUGGGCCAGCUGGCCACCCUGUGGUCCCUGGUCCAGCAGGAGGAGUUCGUCCUGUUCAGCCUGCUGCAGGACCUGAGCCGGCACGCCCCGCCCGUGCUGGGCUCCUGCGGCCACUUCUAUGCGGUGGAGUACCUGGCCGCGGGCAGCCCCCGCCACAGGGCCCUCUUCCCCCUGGACGGGGCCGCAGGCGCCCCCCGGGGCGGCCGGGGCCAGGCCAAGGCCAUCAGCGACAUGGCGCUCAGCUUCCUGGACAUGGUGAGCCAUUUCGACGACGACUUCUCCCACCGCCUCCACCUCUGCGACGUCAAGCCCGAAAACUUUGCCAUCAGGAGUGACUUCACGAUCCUGAGAAUUUAUCCAGUGGUUGCCAAGGAACAGCUGGGAAACGCCAUCGCUCUGUGCCCCCCGAACCACUGCCCGCAAAUGCUCCUUUCGAACAGAUACGUUUCCUGCCCCAGAGCCACACUUUUCAGUGGAGAAUGAAAUAAUCCCCAACCCUUUCUAGUCUGAUGCCCGGAGAAAGUUUGGUGAGACGCAAGUGAAGUAAUUCCGUGCGGGAAGAAUGUUAUGAUUCUCUCGAUUCUGGUUAAGAAAACUUACUCAGGUUUCUCUGUUGGCUUGGUUGCUGUUCUUAUUUUAGGUGCGUACAGUUAUGCUCACAAUAGCUAUAAUCCGUUCUCCAUUAUGCACUGAAAACCAAAUCUGGCUCUCCCUGGGAGGUGAGAAGGGAGCAAUCAGAGAUGGGAGAGAGAAGUUGUAAAGAGCUGAAAUCGCAGGUAGGGGCCCAGGGGAAGCCGGGGAGAAUGUCGGAAAGUAUGGAAAGAAGAGAGACCAUGUAGUCCCUAUAAUAAAUUACUGAGACGAUAGGUAUGUGAGCACCGCCUAAUAUAUAUUUUUGUGUAUUAACUAGGGUACACAGUGAAAUAAUGAGACAGGAAAAAUUGAGUAAAAUUAUAAUUUCUGCUUGCUGUGCCUGAAUUAGUAAUUAGGCAAAGCUCUUGAGUAGGGAAAAGUUCUGUAUUUUUUAUUUUCAUUAUUCUCCAUAUAUUUUGAAAGAGUGUAUUUUUCCUCUUCUGUUUUACUGAAUCAUCCCCAAGAAAGUUUACUGCCUCUUGGCAUCACUCCAGAGGGAAAAACAAAAACCCAAACUGGGGAGCAUAGCUCCCAACACCACCAAGUUGAGGAGGACACGAACCCCAACCAAUGCGUCUUUUGAGAUGCUACCAAAGGCCGGAGGAAGGGCUGGUAUUUGGAGGGUGACCUGUGAAGGCUUGUGAAAUGUCGCAGACUCCAUCGAACUCAUCAAAUCUUCCAAAAGCUCUUUGUUAACACCUUGAAGCUAUGAACUGCAUGAUUUGGGCAGACUCCAGGUUUUAUCAAGUUUGAGAUCAGCUUUUUUUUUUUUUUUUUUUUUUUAAUACAUUCAGGUUGUGGAGGAAAAUCCGCAUCAUGUAGAUGUUAUUUCUUUUUCUGGUUUUGAAGCCUAUUUGGUUUGAAGCCAGGAAGAUAAAUCUGAAAUUCCAGGAGCUCCACCCUGUUCUCAGGCUGACAGUGGCGUUUUGUAUUUGAUGCUGUUGGACGAGGGUCCACGGGCAUCAGACCUAAUUCAGGAGCUUUCACACUGCCUUUCCCAGCCACGUUUCUAUCCAGCCAGUCAGGAGGAAACCAGUUGGUGUAGGUCACACAUAUGCCAUAAAUAGACAACCUACGUCCUGCCCUCCACAUUCACCGGCACCCCCACGGACCUGCCCCUUGAAGGCAGUUUUCUUCUGUAGCUUCUAUUCAUGAGGAUAAAUUAUCUAUAUUCAUGGCUUUCAUAAUUCUGAGCCUUGAAGGUCAGAGACCAAAGUGAUAAAGCAAUGGAGGGGGAGUUCAUUUAUUUGUAAGAAAUUGCAAAGAUUCUACUUUUACAGCCGAAAAAAUGUUUCAAGUUGAAAAGCGAUACUUGUAGUCAGAGUUCCGGAUCCUAGGCUUUCACGAGUGAUGGCAAAUGUCCUUUUGGCAGGGAAAGCCUUGCGAUGUGGUCUAUGCCGGGCCCUUGUGUGAGUGAAGCAUGCGGCCCCCAGCCUGGCCGGGGCCCCUCUUUCUGGCAGGCAGCGUUCUGCGAUCCUGCAAUCUGUAGGAGCCUGCACCUCAGAGAGCAGAG